UUUGAUGGCCACAUGUCAAACCUGGAACCUGUCGCGCGUUUUCUCAAAGAUACUUUGUGCUGAGGCUGUGCACGUCUGCACAGCUGCCAGCGGGGUCCAGGACAUGCCAGCGAGGAAUGGAGGGAAAAAAACUUAUCUCUGCAACAGACACACAGUAUUCUAGUGUGCUUCUUCAGUCUUUGAAUGAACAACGUGGCCAUGGACUUUUUUGUGAUGUUACAGUCAUCGUGGAGGACCGGAAAUUUCGAGCUCACAGAAACAUCCUUUCGGCCUCAAGCACUUAUUUUCACCAGCUUUUCUCAGUGGCUGGUCAGGUGGUUGAACUGAGCUUUGUGAGAGCAGAAAUUUUUGCAGAAAUUCUUAAUUAUAUUUAUAGUUCGAAAAUAAUCAGCGUUCGAUCCGAUUUACUUGAUGAACUGAUCAAAUCAGGGCAGCAGCUGGGGGUGAAGUUCAUAGCUGAUCUGGGCAUAGCUCCGUCCGAAGAGAAAAACGUGCCAAGCGAGGUCAAAGAUGGUGCUUCAGAAACUUCUAGUCCAAGUCAAAGGGAUGCUGAAACACAAGUACCUCUAAUCAGGCCAGAGAGUCAAGAGGCAACGGAUGGGAUGCCAGUUAUAACACAGUCAUUCUCCUUACAUGGCAUAGAAUAUGAGACUACAAAAAUUACAGUGAGCGACUCGGAUGAUGAGGACGAUGAUGUAAUUUUUUGUUCUGAGAUUGUUCCUCCAAAAGAAUGUACUAAAGAUAAAAAUGCUGCAAGCCAGAACCAGCCUUGCUCAAGUCCAGCUGGAGCUUCUGACCAAAAAACCUGUGCCGGUGGUGGCUCUCCCUGUUUGACAAACACCACAGCAGCUCAAAACCUCACCUUGUCUGCCAGUCAGCUAAACCCAAACCAAACACAGUCAGGUGCUGAAUCGCUUGUCUCAGCAACUCCCCAGCAUUUUACCCCUAAUAUCAUCGUGCUAAACAAGCCUCUGCUUAACUCAUCACUUGGUGCCAGCUCCUUGCAUCAAACACAUGUGACCCCUACAAUUAAUUUACUUGAGGAGAACCAGCAGCCAUCUAAUAAGAGCUCCUUAACUGAAGUGGAAACAACUGCUGUUGAUGAUGAAGAGGUUGUUGAAGAUGAUGUCGAUAUCAUUAGCUCCUCUAGUCCUGGUUCAGUCAGCAGCAGCUCUUUGGUUCAGCAGUCUUCUGUUCCCAAGGCAGCAACCACUGAGGGAUCAGGCGUACAGAAAAAGCAGGUUGUUACAUUUCCACAAGAGUCAUUUGCUAAACCUGGAGAAUUUAAAAUAAAAAUCUCAGAUGUCCUUAGUGGAAACAACAAGGAAUUCAAUUCGGGCAUAGCAUCAAAGAAUGUGGCAGAUGGGCAGAAAAUCAUAACAUUAGAUACAGCAGCUGAAAUAGGAGGCUUAUCGACAGGCUGUAAGGUUUAUGCAAACAUCGGUGAGGAUACGUACGACAUAGUCAUCCCUGUAAAGGGGGAUUCCGAGGAGGGGGAAGCCAAGCCUGAGGACACGCCCAGAACAUCUGGUGAUGAAUCUUCAAACAGGAAACGCAUGAAAGUAAAGCACGAUGACCAUUACGAGCUCAUAGUGGAUGGCAGAGUGUACUACAUCUGCAUCGUGUGUAAGAGAUCCUACGCGUGUCUGACGAGCUUACGGAGACAUUUUAACGUCCACUCCUGGGAGAAGAAGUACCCGUGCCGGUACUGUGACAAGGUGUUUGCUCUGGCGGAGUAUCGCACCAAGCACGAGCUCCACCACACCGGGGAGCGAAGGUACCAGUGCUUGACGUGUGGCAAGACUUUCAUCAACUACCAAAUUACGGUCUCCCACAUCAGAUCGGUUCACAGCCAAGACCCUUCCGGAGACACCAAGCUCUACCGGCUGCACCCCUGCAGGUCCCUGCAGAUCAGGCAGUACGCCUACAUCAGUGACCGCCCGAGCAGCAUCCCGGGAAUGAACGAGGGGGGAAUUGUCUAUCGUGUUGGCUCAGGGAAGGACGGCACUGAAGGGGCAGCACCUAACUCUCCAGCCAAACAAAUUAGCUGGGAUGACAUUUUCGUUCCGCCGGGAAACGAAACGAUGUUCAAACAAAAUCCGUCAGAGGGAAGUACUGAGUUUGAGUUUGUAAUACCAGAGUCUUACUGAAAUGCAUUAAGUGCUGGAAAAAAGGAUUCAGUGCAGAAACAUUGCAGCUGUUUUAACAGGACUGUUAAAAUUGCUGUAAAAUAAUCAAAACAAGCUAACUUGUUCUACAAAGUCACCAAAAUGGUAACACUUGUCUGGAUCAUGUUAUCUGCAGUGAUUUGUGGAAGCAAUUCAUCUCAAAUUUACCUGAAUAGAGAGGAAGACAUUUCUAAGGAGCUGGCAGUGUUUUCUGGUAUGUUAAAUUUGAUCAAAACAUGAGGAUUUGUAGCUUGAAAAGGUACAAUUUCUUCUAAAGACCUAGAAAUAUUUCUAAAAUAAUUAUUUUCUGUACCCAUACCUACUAUGUAAACCCUUUCUUUCAUGUUAGCACUUUAAUGCUGAAUUCUGUUUAGAUGUUAACCAAGAAAACAGGCUUUUUUUCAUUGUCUCUUGGUCGUGGAACCAUUUUAAAAAAAUAAUCCCACACCUCACAUUUGUGAACAGUGCAUUACUGCAAGGGGCCAAAAUAAAUGAUCUGUUACUAGACUGGAGUAGUGUAUUUUUGAGCUAGCAUCUUAGUUUUGCUUUUAUAAACAUUAUAAAUCAUCUGUCUUCGUGCAAAUAGUUUUGUCAAUGAGAGAUAAUCAGGGCUAACUUGAACAAACUUUAUUUACACUUGGCAGGAUGGUGAGCAGAGUAUUCAGUGUCUGAACCAUCAUGUUUCAUUCUUUUUGCAAUGGGGAAAAAAAAUCCAAAACCUACAAAGCUCUGUAGUGAAGAAGCUUAAAACACUUAGGAAGGAGAUAAUUUUACUGUUUUAAAGCUUGAGGAAUAAGGUCAGGUUUUCUUAAUGCUGGAAAAAAUGCCAGUAGUUAGUUUGAUACAAAGCGAUGUUCCUUUUUUCACUCUUCAAGAAGAAGGGCUUCAGUCUGGAAUUUUAAAAACAGUAAUACUUUUGGUAAAAGUAGUGUUUGGGUUUUUUUUUUUAGCUGAAGGCUUCUCAAAACUGGGAAGUCGUGUAAGUGCUGUAUCAGUUCAGCACUGAGACUGCUGAGGAUCUUGUACGACUGUUUGUCUAGAUCUUCAAGUGAAACAGGGAUUUGGAUUUUUUUUUUUCUCCCCCAUUUAUAGAUUGUGGAAGCAUGAAGACUAAACCAACAAUCAAAAAAUACCCUUUAUUCACCAUAAUCUAAAGUAUAAUUUCUCUCUGGUUGUCUAGUUGUCAUCUGUUUUCAGGUUUGGGUUUAUUAUGUUGUCCUUAUUCUCCUUGCACUUGGUACAUUUUGAAGCUCUUAGAAGAUUAAUGAGACGUCCAACUUGAGGAGGAAAUGGUAGAUCUGAGAAAAACAAAUGGCUGUUUAGCACUUCAGAUUUAGUGACUUGUUGAAUUUUUGUAAAUGGUAAUAUAAAAACUGCUCAAGUUCUAGAGAUGACUGAGAAAGACUGUUGUGCGUAGUACUAGUUAGUUAUUGCAGCCUUUCAUUGCUUAAAUUCCAGUUACAGGUUUUUCUUUCCUUCUUCAUGUUUUAAGUAAGCAUCUUGAUCCUAUGACUUUCAAAGUCAGGAUUUUGGACAUACAGGACUCUAGACAGAAAGGCUUAAAUGGUAAAUGAUUCAAAUAUAACUUGAGCUACAGAAAAGGAUACCAGAAAUCCCUGUGAGCAACGGUGGGAGGAGGAUUUGUUUACCUUACACAUGUAAAGCUCUGCACUUCUCUUUUGUUGGCCAAGAAUGUGGUACACUGAUGAUUUCCAGAUCAUAUUGCAGACCCCUUGGAAUAUAAUGGGGCAUGCUUUAAGUGUUACAGGUGGGGUGUUAUCUGAGGUGGCAUUUCAGCAGUCAAACAUAAUCCUUAUGCAACAUGAGUAUGGAUUGCCUGUGUUGGCACAGGUGGUUCUGCCCUAGCUGGCUGGUGCUAUGACGGGAAUUCUUGAACUUUGACAAGACAAAUACAAUGUUAUUUUUGUUAAUGACGUGACAGGUUUAAUCACACAACAUUCUGAGUUGGAAGGGACCCUCAAGGACGAUCAGGUCCAAUUCGUAUGACCUGUACAGGGAUCUGGAAUUAAGCAUACAUUGCAAAGUGUACAAAAUUAAAUAUAAUGGCUAUCACUGUUUGCUGCUGGUAUAUUUAAAACCUUAAAUUAAACUGUGCCUACUAAAGGUCUCUUUUUGGAGGAAAACUGGAAAAUUAGGGCUUUGUAACUAUUUUUGCUAGAAGACUCGUGCUUGCAUGUGUCUCAGGGUCUUCAGUUUUCCUUGGAAAUGAUUUUUGAUAUCCAAAGUCCAGAGGUCAUGUAAAGCAUUUUUUUUUAUUUCACUUCCAGUAUUUAUUGGUUUGGAAACACGUUAAAUCCAUACUUCUAAAACUUCCUAUGGGGCCAUGAGCUUUUAUAUUUAGAUUUCUGGCUGUUGCACUUAUAUUUGUGGGUUUGUUUGUUUUUGUAAGCAUUUAGCUUCCAGUUUAACUUAAUGAAAAAAACUUAUGUAAAUAUUAAGAAAUUGGCUUUGGAAUAAUGGAAAAAAAAGGUUGACAAAGCAUUUAUAUAGAAAUUAAAAAUUUCAACAGACUGUGGUGGCAAACCUUACAGUCAUUUAUAUGCAUAUAAACCAUUAACAGAUCUGCUGCAGAAUAUGGUAACGGUGGCUGCAUCCUCACUGUCUGGUUUCUUUGGGGAUUCAUACCUAACAUUCCACUAUGUGAACUAAGCAAAUAUUUGUUUGUUUAACAAAUAACAUUGACUGCUUAUUUAUUUUUUACUGUUAAGGCAUGCAGCUUAUAAAAGAUGCAGAAGCUGACAACUAUAUACAUUGAACUCUGAAUUCUACAGCUAUUGCCUAGGAAAUGUUCCAUGUGAAAACAUUUCUUGAUUUUCCCAGAUCUGUGAUGUAUAUAGUUGUACAGUCCUUCCUUAACAUACUUUUUAAAGUUGUGUUCUACUUUUCAUUAAUCGAUACUUGAUAUUAGUUCUUAGAGCUUUCUAUGGCAAAAAUAAAAAACUUAAAUUCUAAA